GAACUUAGUUGACCGUUAAUUGCUCUAUGCAUAGCCGUUCCCCUAGGAGUGCUUUCUUGCAAAUUUUAUCAAGAGAUUCAACUCUCAGAGCCCCUAAACGUUCGCCGUCAACGUCCGCUGGUGUGCCCUCUGAUUUCCGCAGCAAAUUCAUCGUGCCCUUUCCGAAAGAUUGAACGCAUAGCGGACUCGCCUAGAGUUCGGAUUGGGCUCUAGGCGUGAAUUGAGCUCUUUUGGUGAGGCUAUAGCAGCCACAUUCAUUACCAAACAUUCUCCAGUUAACGCGAGCGGCGACUCCGCGUUAUAGCACGCUGCUGCAGGAAUGCCGCCGAUACAGGGGAAGUAUCUACGAUAUCUGAUAUUCACUCUGCUGGGGCUAGCACUCUUCCUCCUCUCCAGGCGCUCGAUCCCCGUUCCAGACAGUUCAAGCUCAAUUUCAACGCCUCCGCCCCCGCCCUCUGACCGACCCGUGAACGCAUUCGGAUACUCACUUAAUCCACAAUCAAGUAGCGAGGUAGUGAGGUUCGCUGCAAGUCAUCCUGGCGGUCGUGCUAAUGCGACCUUUGUGACUCUGGCGCGAAAUUCAGAUGUUUGGGAGAUUGCGCAGGCCAUUCGCCAGGUGGAGGAUCGUUUCAACCGCAACUUCCACUAUGACUGGAUCUUCCUAAACGACCAACCAUUCGAUGACAACUUUAAACGUAUCACGACAUCACUGGUGUCCGGCACUACGCGUUAUGGCGAGAUUCCGAAGGAGCAUUGGUCCUAUCCAGACUGGAUCGACCAGGACAGGGCAAGGGAGGUUCGGGAAGAGAUGAAGGAGAAGAAGAUUAUUUAUGGUCACUCGGAAAGUUACCGACAUAUGUGCCGUUAUGAAUCGGGAUUCUUUUUCCGUCAUCCUCUGCUGCAGGAGUACGAGUUCUAUUGGCGGAUUGAACCCGGCGUCGAGCUGUUUUGCGACAUUCCCUACGACCCUUUUCUCUUCAUGAAGGAGAACGAUAAGAAGUAUAGCUUCGUGAUGAGUAUGUAUGAAUACGAAGGUACUAUCCCGACGCUUUGGGACUCGGUCAAGCAGUUCAUGGAUGAUCACCCUGAGCACAUCGCCGAAGGGAACUCGUUGCGUUUCCUGAGCGAUGACAAUGGCAAAACCUACAACAAAUGCCACUUCUGGUCGAAUUUUGAGAUCGGCAGCCUGGAUUGGUUGAGAUCCAAGGAGUACCUGGACUACUUUGACUUUCUCGACCGGGCAGGCGGCUUCUACUAUGAAAGAUGGGGUGACGCGCCUAUCCAUUCGAUUGCCGCUGGCUUGCUCCUCAAGAAAGAACAACUGCACUUCUGGGACGAGAUUUCCUACUACCACAUACCCUUUACCCAUUGUCCUCGUGAUGAACAACUCAGGAUGGACCUCCGAUGUAGCUGCGACCCAUCAGGAAACUUUGACUGGAGGGGUUUCUCAUGCCUUUCCCGGUAUUACAAGACCAACAAUAUCCCAUUGCCCCCAGGUGUUGACGAGUACAGCUGGCUAGCUAUUUUCGGAAUAAUUGUUGGUCUGUUGGCCGUUGCUGGGAUCGUAGCAACCGCCGUCAACCAUCAAGCCCGAAGCCACGCGCUUCAAGAAGUACAGUACUUAUACUGGCAAAGCCAGACUCUCUGGGAGCGGUAUCAGAAAGAGAAACGCGAGUGGGAGCGAGAGAGGAUGGGGCGAGCAUGGUCGCCAUAA